AAGAAGAGGCAGAACGUCACGUAUUUCAUCUGUUAUGGCGCACCCUCAUUUUCAAAGUCGUCCACUACGUCAACCAAGGACAUCGGUACGACUUAUAUGAAGAUUUGGGCCCACACCAAACCAAUUAUAAUACACCUGUCGCACUGGCCACAUACUUUGUGUUUGAUCAAAUCCAUCGAAAAGAGUUCAACGCGGUCAUUUCCAGCAGCGUCAAGAUCAACAGGAGCCGCUAUUUUCAACUGCUCUCCCUGGCUGCCGUAACUGUUAGCAUCCAUCUUCCCUUUACGCUAUGGAUGGGAGAAGGUAGCUCUUCCAUCAGCUACUGGACGCUACCACUGUGUGGCAUUCUCUACUUUCUCCUCUUUGGCUUUGGCGAAGAAGCGAUGAUGCAGUACAAUGCCGUCUUCGAUGCCAUUCGUAGACCAUUUGGCGCUCUAUUCCGAAAGGUUCAUCUUCAGCACGUCAAUCUUCGUCGAACCUGGCUAGACGUGCUCCUCAGCCGCCCAGGCACAUCAAUCGACCCAACUGCGGUCCCCAUGACAAAGGUGAACAUUGUCUCAGAUCCAACUCAGCCGCGACUCCUUACCGGAGAAAAGGAAACCUCAAACGGCACUGCGACGUCGUCACGCCCAAAUCACAAGCAGAGGUAUCGCCAACAUGCCACCCAAACCUAUGGCGGGAGCGCCUCUGAUAUCAUAAACGACACCGAAUUGGAUACAUCCAAUAUCGACUUCCCGAAUCCGAGCGAGGCCAGGAAGCAGGCUCGUCUGGCUGCAUACCUACGAUCUGGUCAAGCGGCUAAAGCAGAGGCCGGAGCUCAAAAUAAAAAAUCCAAGAGAUUGCGUGCAUCCAGCUUUGGUUCCAGCAUCAGCUCAUUCCCGGGAACCGAACAACAGGCAACCUCAUCGCCAAAGUCACUCCUACGGCCAAGCGAAGAGGAGAAAAAAGUCGAAAAGGAUAUCCCGUCGGACGUUGAGACCAGCUCCUCAUCCUCCCGCUGUUCAUGCACCUCGUGCAACGCAGAGUUGGUCGAAGAGGAUAGCGAGGACAUCACAGAAACGCAAAGAUACUCAAUUGAAGGGAAGAGAGCUGAAAAGGCUUCUAUCACGGGAAGAGGGGUAGACGGCAAGCCGGUCGCGAACUUAGUGGCCGAGGAGCGGGACCUUGAAGUAGAUUAG